CGGAAGUUGUGUAUGAGAGCCAGGUGUGUUUUAUUCUGCUCCAGCAGGUGGCGGUAGUGCACCUUUACGCUGGUCAUCGACCACCGGAAAAAGCAGAAACCGGAAGCUGCUAGCAGAGCUAGCUUGUUGUUGUUGUGGUGUGUGAGGAGAACAUUUGAGGCUCUGCAGUAAAAACGUCUUCACUUCAGUCUCUGGGAGAGUUGAUCAGCUAAAGCGACUAACUGCUGCUGCUGCUGCAGAAAUCUUCUCACCAGGCGGUGGAAACUUUCUUCUCCUCCUCAACAACUUGGCGGAGUUCUUUCCAGAACCAGAGAAGAUAUUCUGCGGUCUUCGUGACAAUCGGAGCUCCAGAAUCAGGUUGUGGCUGUUAGCUAAACACGGCUAAAGAAAACCUGCUACCACUUCAGGAUCAUCCAUCAGCUGAGACGGAUUCAUCGUGUGUUCACCACCUGGACCUGGACAGCAUGGACACAGAUGUUCCACAGCUGGCGCUGGUUAAAGAAGAAGCUCCUGAAGAACAGAGUGCUGGUGUGAACCAGCAGGACCCAGAACACCUCCACAUAAAGGAGGAACAGGAGGAGCUCUGGACCAGUCUGGAGGGAGAGCAUCUCUGUUUGAAGGAGGAGACUGAAGCUGUCGGGUCUCCUGUUACUGCUGCUUCUAUAAAGAGUGAGGAUGAUGAAGAGAAACCUCUGGUCUCACAGCUUCAUCAGCAGCAAAUAGAAGACAGAGAUGUUCCAACCAGCAGCUCAGCUGACCAGAUGGCAGCAGAAACUGGUGGAGGAGCAGGAACUAGCAGGAACCCAGAUCUGAACCCUCAUGAACAAACAUCUGAUUCUUCAGAGACUGAAGUUAGUGGAGAUGAUGAUGAUGAUGAUGAUGAUGAAGAUGAUGAUGAUGUGAAUCUGGACUCUGAGCUGUCAGACUCUGGGUCUGAAACUGGAGAUGAAGAUGAUGACUGGAAUGAGAGCAGGUCUUCUGAGUCAGAUGUUUCAAGGAAGAGAGAAGAAACGGAUGACAAACCUCUGCUCUUACAUUUCCACAACCAUCAAAUGAAAGACGGAGGUGUCCCAACCAGCAGCUUGGCUGGGCAGAUGACAGCAAAAGUUGGUGGAGGAGCAGAAACUAGCAAGAACCUAGAUCUGGACCCUAAAGAAAAGACAUCUGAUUCUUCAGAGAUUGAAGUUAGUCGAGAAGAUGAAGAUGAUGUGAAUCUAGAUUCUGAGCGUUCAGACUCUGGGCCUGAAACUGGAAACGGAGAUCAUGGCUGUAAUGAGAACAAGUCUUCGGAGUCAGAUAUUAGGACCGUCAACAAAUCAUUUAGCUGCCCUGUGUGUGGUACACAGUUCCUCCACCAGUGGUCACUUCAGGAACAUGUGAGAGUGACAAGUCAUUCAGCAGUAAGGUCUUCAGAGCGUUCGGUUAAUACAAAAUGUGUGAAAGAGAAGCAACAUGGAGGCUCAUGUAGAAAAGUCCAGAAAGAACCAAAAUCAUUUAGUUGUGAUGACUGUGGAAAAAGAUUUAGCCAAAAGUCCAGUUUAACCCGUCAUAUGAGAGUCCACACCGGGCAGAAGCCUUUUGCCUGUGAGCUCUGUGGAUACAGAUGUACCCAUAAGGCAAGUUUAAACACACACAUGAGAGUCCACACAGGAGAUAAGCCGUUUGCCUGUGAGCUCUGUGGAUACAGAUGUAGCCAUAAGGCAAGUUUAAACACACACAUGAGAGUCCACACAGGAGAGAAGCCUUUUGCCUGUGAGCUGUGUGGAUACAGAUGUACCGAUAAGGCAAAUUUAAACACACACAUGAGAGUCCACACCGGGCAGAAGCCUUUUGCCUGUGAGCUCUGUGGAUACAGAUGUACCCAUAAGGCAAGUUUAAACACACACAUGAGAGUCCACACAGGAGAUAAGCCUUUUGCCUGUGAGCUUUGUGGAUACAGAUGUACCCAAAAGGCAAGUUUAAACACACACAUGAGAGUCCACACAGGAGAUAAGCCUUUUGCCUGUGAGCUCUGCGAAUACAGAUGUACCCAUAAGGCAGGUUUAAACACACAUAUGAGAGUCCACACCGGGCAGAAGCCUUUUUCCUGUGAGCUCUGUGGAUACAGAUGUACCCAUAAGGCAACUUUAAACACACACAUGAGAGUCCACACAGGAGAUAAGCCUUUUGCCUGUGAGCUUUGUGGAUACAGAUGUACCCAAAAGGCAAGUUUAAACACACACGUGAGAGUCCACACAGGAGAUAAGCCUUUUGCCUGUGAGCUCUGCGAAUACAGAUGUACCCAUAAGGCAAAUUUAAACACACACAUGAAAGUCCACACAGGAGAGAAGCCGUUUGCCUGUGAGCUCUGUGGAUACAGAUGUACCCAUAAGGCAACUUUAAACACACACAUGAGAGUCCAUACAGGAGAGAAGCCGUUUGCCUGUGAGCUCUGCGAAUACAGAUGUACCCGUAAGGCAAAUUUAAACACACACAUGAAAGUCCACACAGGAGAGAAGCCUUUGCCUGUAAGCUGUGUUGACAAAGAUUUAGCCGAAAGACAAAGUUAAAGAGACAUACGAGCAUCCACACAAGGCUCGAGGGAUUUAUUUAACAACAGUACUUCCAAAUGUACUAUUUGGUUUUUUUUACAACCUUAAUAUUAGUCUUGUACCUCUGCUCAACUAUCGUUGAUCGGCCCUUGAGCCACCUCUUCUUUUGAUUUUCAUUUUCAAAUCUCCUUUGUUUUUUAAACUCAGACCUUAACCAAACAUUUGAGAUGUUCAUUCAUGAAUUCUGAAUACAAAAAAAAUAUUACUUAAAGAUUAAGAAAAAACUGUUAUACCCUCCUGUAUUUAAGAAACAGACAAGAUAACAGACACAUGAUGGUUGUAGUACAUAACCCACUGCAGUUUAAAGCUGUUAGAUACCGGUGGCGUCUGCUUUAAACAAUUUAUCUGUAUAUAAAAUAAUAGCAUACAAUGUUGUAAUAACUGCAGCUUAAAAAUAAUGUGUCUUUAUUCAUUUGGAGCCCCUAAGAAGAAAUCCCACCUUAAAGGCUGUGGAGAGACAGCUGGGACUGUUGUCAAGAAGUCAUAAAUUACAAGGCGGCUCUGUGGAGACUCCAUUCUCCUAUAAUAGCAUUUUGCUAUUCUAAGCAGGCUUAGGAAUGUGCCUGUACCAGAGUUUUUAGGGAUGUUGUUACAGAGUUAUAAGCAGUGGACAGAUGCUGGAAAGACAGAACCACUUUUGGGCUGCAUGGUUCUCCACCGGUGUACCGAUGCUUGUAUUAACAUGGACUAGAUUGUAAUAAUCCGGUUAUCUUUUUAAACUCAAACUUUGCCAUGAUUGAGUCCUAGCACUCCAAGAAACAGCUCAGCAUGAAAAUUAACCACAUUUCCUUUAUUUCUGAUGACACAACUAAGCACUGCUGGUGGACGAUUAAUCACAGACACUUAGCACUUCUGCAUGCGUUCUGUAUUCAGUGUGAACGACGCUUCACGCCCUCUCUCAGUAGCGCAGCAUCAUGCGUGUUGGGUAAUUUUUAUAUUACUGCCAUAUUACCUCAAAGAAAGUUUAGAACACACACAGAGGGAUUAGAUUGAUAAUUUGGUAAAUUGUAAUCCUGCCAACAACAAACAACAACAAAUACUUUGCAAAGGGUGAGAGAAAUCAAAUACACACCAGAGACGGAGGUCAGUUUGCUCUCACCCUUAGGCAAAGCCUUGGAGCUCCUUUUAUUUAGGAAGGCACACCCAGAAGUUACAGAUAAACCCACACACACAAUUCUUCAGAACCAGCUGACCGGGGUAACCUAAUCAACAGAUUGUUGGACCUUCAUCUGUUCUCAGGAAGUUACAGAUAACAGGAGGGUGAUCAAAUAGGUCAUUCUUCACCACUCUAAAAUGUAAAAUAAAAUUGAUGACCCUCCGUUUAAACAAACACCUACACUUACAUCAAUAACCCUGUGACGUCAAAAUCAGUUAUAUCCAUCAGUGCGGUUGUCCUGUUCUGAUUUUUUUCAUGUAGUUGUGGUUUAGGCAUUUUUUUGCCAUUAUCACUGAUAAAAGCUGUGGGUUUAUUCACUUGUGAAUGAAUUAAGCAAUACAGAUCACAGUCCAAUGUUUUUGUUUUGUUUAGAUUUUUAAGUAAGGUUCAGCAAAUGCUGUCGAAUCACUGAACGCCAUCAUCUGGGAAGUGAAAUAUGAACUGUUUCAAAGUACCGCUGUAAUGGGCUUGCAUACCACUAGGCAGAAGAAAAAAUAUUUGCAUUUAGAGUCUCACUCACUGAUUGGCUCUGCCACGUCAGGCUAACGUAUGAUUGGCUGUCCCUCUAACUCGCUGCCAUGGAGACGACAGACCGGUGUUUUGCCUGUCUGCAGGAGUCUGCGUUCAUCUACCUGUAAGUUUUUAUUCAGCCUGCAUCACGUCAGCUGGAUGGAUUUUAACCUCAGAGCUUUUGUUUACAUUAACAUUUGAGUCCAUGUGUGUGUGUGUGUGUGUGUGUGUGUGUGUGUGUGUGUGUGUGUGUGUGUGUGUGUGUGUGUGUGUGUGUGUGUGUGUGUGUGUGUGUGUGUGUGUGUGUGUGUGUGUGUGGAGCAGAGUUAGCAUAUCAGACAGAAAAGUGAACAUGAGAGACUUCUUCUGAAGUGAAACUAGAAAAACACAAGAACCACGUUAUUUCUCAUCUAGAUUCUCCGCGUCAUAACUUCUGAAUGACUGAUGGAAUUAAAACAAUUCCAACGGUUUCAAAAAGGACAUAAAACGAGCUUUCCAACGAUGUAAUUCAGGUUACUCCAAAAAUCGCUAUUAGAGGGAAACCGGCUUUGCAGCGUCACAGACAGAAACGGAGCGAACCGUGACGGGAGAGCGGAACGACCCGGAGGAGAUCAUCUGAUCAUCUGCAUCAGCUUUUAUAACGUUAUGGAAACGUCACACAGAAAAUCCACCUGGUUGGUCAGGUGUCCCAGAAGUUUCUGUAGCUGGUGACACGAUGGACAAAUUACAAUCACACUUGUUUUUAUUUGAACACUCAACUAUUUACUAAAUGAUUCAGCUUCAUUCCAGCAUUAUUUAUACUUACAGUAAAUAUUAAUUUAGCUGAAAAUAGAAAUUUAUAUCAGUGCAGAAUUUUAUUAGUUAAGUUUAUGUCAUGAAAUGUUUAACUUUCACAUGUUAUUACCAUGUAUGUGGCUUAUUGAUCUUUAUAAUGCUGGUAGGAAUGUAGCUACAGUUGUGAUGAAUGUUUGUUUAUUUAAGGACCGUGUACAAUAUUAAACAUACAUAUUGAAAUUUGA